AUGAAAAAGACGGAUACUAUCGCACACGUCAAAGAAUGGCUGGAAGCACAGUGGACAUUUGCAAAUGAAUCACCCUCUGUUAUCUAUGUUGCCUUCGGUACCAUUGCUUGUUUAAGAGCUGAACAACUCAUCCAAAUGGCUGAUGCUCUCAUGCCUUAUCCAACUAUCUGGUCGUUGAAAGCAACACUUCACAAACAUCUGCCACCCUUGUUUAUCGAUGAUCGAAAACAUCUACUUCUCGAUUGGGCACCACAAAGAUUCAUUCUCUCACAUCCCGCUACACGUUUCUUUUUAUCACACGGUGGUUGGAACAGUUUGGUCGAGUGCAUGUUAGCUGGAAAACCAGUACUUGUGUGGCCAUGGUUUGGUGAUCAGAUGCCAAAUGGAUUUCGUGUAGAAAAGGAGUUUGGUAUUGGUAAAUGUAUGCAAAAUACCGAUAUUUUACAUCAUCAACGAAUUCUAUCAAGUGAUGAAAUUACAUCGUAUAUUAAACAAAUGUUUGAGCAAGAAGAAGAAAACAUUCAAAAAGCUGAAACAGUGCAAGACAUAUUUAUGGAUGCAAAAGACAAUUCUUCUCAACUUUAUUUCGAAGAGAUUAACAAAAUAAUUGACGAUCAAGUGCUCGCUCGAACGAACAAGCAUAACAAUCUUUGA